AUGGGACAGAAGAACUCCUCGCAGCGAACACAGGGACAGCAGCAGCAGCGGGCCGGCGGUGGCCGCAGCACCACCCCAGGUGGCCGCCAAGCUCCCGCCAACAUGCCGUCGCACUUAGCUGGGCAGUACGACAAUAAUAACCCGCGUCAGCGCAACCCACCAAACGGCAACAGCACCGUGCCCCCUCCCCUGAACCAGUCACCAAAUCCGCAGCAGCAGCAGCAACCCAACGCUCAGCAGCAGCAGCAGCAGCAAGCCAAUAGAAACGCCUCCAACGGCGGCGCCAACGACCGCGGUGGCGUGCAGGAAGGUCAGAUGGUGAAGAUGCUUGCGACCGUAGAGGCGUCCACUGUCAGCUACGUGCCGGAGACGCAGGUGCUCACCUUCUACGUGACCAGCGUUUGCGACAGUCUCACCUACGAGAUCCACACAGGUGUGAAGGAGUUCGUACAGGGCGGCGGCGUGUUCUACAUGCCGAACAAGCCAAAGUUGGAGCCGACCAAGACGGAGAUCCGUGGCCCGCAGGAGAAUCGCAAGAUUACGAUGAAGCUCGACGUGAGCUCACUGGAGGAGAAAGAGAAGGUGUUCAAUAAGCACUACCCAAAGCAGAUGCCGUGCGUGAUUGUGAUUCGGUACAGAGCGACCGAGCUGCGCAAGAAGGACGACGGCCAGGAUAAUAGCAACACGAACAACCACGUCGAGGAGGAGACGAAGGUGGAGCACACGGAGCACACAGCCGUCGACCUCGCCGUGAAGCCGAAGCGGCGCGUCAUCAGCCAAAUUGUGUCCGCCGGUGGCAACGCGUACGCCGUAGAGAAUUUGUACGGCGCGGACAACGAGGGCGCCUCACCGGCGUCUGGCAACGGCGGUGGUGCGGUGAUGAUCGGAUCGACGAUCGAGGACGACGAGGAUGGUCUGUGUGUGAUUUGUUUAACAAACCCCAAGGACACGGCUGUGAUGCCGUGCCGUCACAUGUGCAUGUGCAAGGACUGUGGUGAGCAGCUGCUGAAGCACAAGCCGGUGUGCCCCGUGUGCCGUGCGCCUAUCUCCACACUUCUGCAUAUGCCGUCGCUGAGCGCGGGCGGCGCGAACACCGCUGCUUCUUCUGACUGA